AUGGCUGCCGAUAGCGCAGUGGUGAUGGAAACCCCGGUGAAAGGUCUCCCCGUCCUGUUGGGGCGGGAGCAGUCGCCAACACUAGUGCAUGAUGUGGAGAUGGGAAAGAAGGCCCACUUCGCAGAAGUGAACGAGAUGAUAGAAAUAGACGAGAAGGAGCAAGACCCGCAGAAGCCGAUUAGCGGUGGCAGUGACGACGUUGCGGCGGUGACCGCUCACUUGAAAUGCUGUGAGAAGAUUGUAUUAGGCUUCGGCGCAGUGUGUGCUUUGGCCCAGGGAGUGUCGACCCCGGCCAUCGCAAUGUUCACUGCAGACAGCAUCACCACCUUGACUGCUGUUGAUGCUGACGAGGAGCACAUGCUAGGCCAGAUGGCUCCAACCCUAUACAAAAUCAUGGUGCUUGCAGUCGUCCAAUUUCUGCUGGCUUUCGCUUGGCAAACUUGCCUGUCCUGGGCUGCUGCCAAGCAGUGCAACCGUUGGCACGCCAGUUUCAUGGGAACUUUGCUUUCCCUGGAUGUCUCGUGGUACGAUGAGCACGAGCCAGCGGGAGUUGCAGCCAAGCUAGAGACCGACAUUGGAAACGUUUACAGCUUCAUGUCCACAGCACUCGGAUACCUCAUCGCGAGCCUUGCACAGCUCAUCGGAGGUUUGGCCUUGGCCUUUGUCACAGGCUGGCAGUUGGCACUCGUGGUGAGUGCAACGAUCCCGGUGCUUAUGUGUCUUGCGCACCGCUUGGGUAAGGAAGUCGAGAGGCAGACGGUCGACCAGCAGAGAGACUUCGCCCGGGCCUCUGCGGUUGCAGAGGAGUCGCUGAUGGCCAUCCGCACCGUCGCGGCCUUCGGUGGCGAGGGUACAGAGUUGGGACGUUUCGAAAAGGAGCUUCUGUCUGCAAAGAUUGGCGGUGUUCGUUCCGGAGCCAAGAUUGGGGUCGCGUGGGGCGGUCUCAACUUCUUCUACGCCUGGGUGUAUGGUUUGGCCCUCUGGUUCGGUGGACACGUCCUCCUCGCGAACGAGAGUUUUCACUAUCAGCCAAACCAGGUCGUCACCGUCAUGAUCGCCAUGUUGGUCGGGGUCACUGGGCUGAGCUCCUUCAGCGGCUUUGCCCCCAUGAUGGCCAAAGCCGUGGUGUCUGCCAAGUCCAUGAAGCAGGUCAUGGCAACUGCACGGGUCAUCGAACGCCCGCUCUACACGAAGGAGGAACUACCGGUGCAGCUUAAAACCGUGGACUCGAUCGAGUUCCGGAGUGUCAGCUUCCGCUACCCGACCAGGCCAGACAAGUGGGUGCUACAGAAGUUCAGCUUCCGUGUGGAGAAAGGUCAAAAGAUCGCUUUCGCUGGGGAAAGUGGUUGUGGAAAGAGCACGACGAUUCAGCUCUUGGAGCGCUUCUACGACCCGUGUGAAGGUGAGGUCCUCGUGAACGGGAUACACCUCAGCCAGGUGCCGGCCAAAGCAUGGCGGAAGCUCAUCGGGUAUGUCGGCCAAGAGCCUGUCCUUUUCGCGACGACUGCCAUGAAGAACUUAAAAGCCGGCGACGAUUCCAUCAGCGACGAGCAGGCCAUGGAGGCAGCUAAGGCAGCCCAAAUCUAUGACACUUUGAUUCAGCUUCCAGAACAGUUCGACACAUUCGUGGGCUCUGGUGGUGGGCUUCUGUCUGGUGGUCAGCGACAACGGCUUGCCAUUGCACGAGCUCUAGCGAAGAGUCCCCAGAUCUUGCUGCUUGAUGAAGCCACAUCUGCCCUCGACAACGAGUCGGAGCGUAUGGUGCAGGCGACACUGGACUCCCUGGGCACAGCCCUUGGAAGUAGCGUCACCACCAUCUCCAUUGCCCACCGUCUCACGACCAUUAAGGGCUCCGACGUCAUCUACGUCCUGAAAGACGGACGUUGUUGUGAACAGGGCUCCCAUGAAGAGCUUCUGGAGCUCCGAGGCGAGUACUACAGCAUGGCCAAGCUACAGCAAGCAACCCGGGACGACAAGGACAAGGAGGAGGAGAACCCCAACGACGUCUUCGUCCCUCCUCCUGAGGGAACCAACGAGGCAGGAAUGCAGAAGACCGCCCGGCGAAGUGGAAGUGCGAUGAGCUUCCUUGAGACGGCUCUUGCUUUGGAUGGGAAUGGCAAGGAUCCUUCGAAUUAUCGCUCUGCCAUUUGGUGCCGCCUUCUGAAUUUGAUGAAGAUCUACUGGUGGAUUUGGCCGCUUGCCUUUCUGGUCGUCGUGAUCCAGGCAGCUGCUUUUCCCUUCCAAGCCGUGUUUUUCAACGCCGGCAUCGUCGCACUAUUUGAUCCGGAGGGCAUUGACCUUCACAAGCUGGAUGAGGCGUGUUUGUGCCUGGUGCUGGUUGGCUUGGGCUCUGGGGUGGCGGUCCUUUGCCAGAACUCGCUGUUCACCUACUUGCAAGAGUCCCUCUGCUUGAUCCUGCGCAAAGCAGCUUUUGCCAGCACCAUCCGCAUGGACAUGGCCUUCUUCGAUGCGCCGGAGAACCAGACAGCAAGCAUUCUGGUGUCCCUGGAAAGACACAUGAAUCGUGUGGGGCAGAUGCUCGGCAUCCAGCUGGGAAACUCCGCCGGUGCCAUUUUUACCUGCAUCCUCAGCAUCGGCUUCAGCUUCUUUGGUUCGUGGAUUUUGGCCGUGGUCCUUUUAGGUCUGCUGCCCAUUUGCGGCUACAUUGGCUUCAAAGUGGCCAGCUGUGCCGCGCGCGUGGACCCGAAAGUUGAAAGCGCCUAUGCCACGGCUGGAAAGUUCACCGCAGAGGCCGCAACUUCAAUCCGCACCGUCAGGGCCCUGGGGGCAGAGGAGCAUACUCUCAGCCUUCUCAGAGAAUCCAUGCAUUACGUCUUGCAGUCCAACGCUGCGAAGUCGUGGAAGUUGGGCCUUUCCGUCGGCCUGAACCUGGCGCUGAUCCAGGUCAUCUACCUGGCGGGCUUUUGGAUCAGUGCUGUGUGCAUCCAGUUCUGGCACUUCGACGCACACCAGGUGCUCCUUACACUCUUCUGUGUGGUAUUCGGCGUUGCAUCGGUGAGCUCCAUAGUUCAGUUCAUCCCGGAGUCGGCAUCAGGGUAUUAUGCUGCCAUGGAGGUCUUCCGCCUCGUUGACCAGGUGUCCCAGAUCGACGCUACACAGCCGACGGGACAGAUUGAGACCUUCGGAGAUGGCUCCAUUGAGUUCCGGAAUGUAAACUUCUGGUAUCCCCACCGACCAGAGGUUCGGGUGCUCAAGAAGUUAAGCUUUACCAUCGAGAAGGGCCAGUCGGUAGCCCUUGUCGGCUUCUCCGGCAGCGGCAAGUCCACAGUGGUUCAGCUCCUACAGCGCUUCUACGAUCCCCAAGCGGGUGCCAUCCUCGUGGGCGGCCAGGACUUGCGUCAACUCAACGUGGCAUGGUGGCGCCAGCAGUUGGGCAUCGUCGGUCAGGAGCCGGUUCUUUUCGAUAUGUCCCUGGAAGCGAACGUGAAGUAUGGCUAUCCAGAGGCAACGGAUGAAGAAGUCCAAGAUGCAGCCAAGGCUGCAAACAUGGACUACAUCUUCUCAGGUGCCGUGCAGUGGAGCGAUCGAGUCGGUCUCCGAGGGGAGAAGCUUUCUGGCGGUCAGAAGCAGCGCUGCGCCAUCGCGAGAGCCCUACUUCGAAAGCCUCAGUUCAUGCUCCUGGACGAGGCGACCUCAGCGUUGGACUCUGUGUCAGAGAACCUGGUGCAGCAGGCCAUGCAAGAAGCUCGAGUAGGCAAGACGACCAUCACCGUGGCUCACCGCCUCUCUACCAUCCAGGACUCAGACAAAAUCUUCGUUUUCUCCAGCGGCCGACUUCUUGAGUCCGGCACCUACGAGGAGUUGGUCGCAUUGGAUGGCAACUUUGCGAAGCUCGCGGCUCGCAGCUUGUGA